AGGCUUCCUGAGAUAGCGCGUCGCCUCUUGGUGUGACUGUGGUACUGUUUUCGUUUGACCUGUGUUGAUCGUAAUGGGGUAGGCGUAUUAUAAUGGAAGUUGGUACUCUGUUAAAAGAAGUAUUCGGGGAUCGGUGCUCGUUUAUUAAUGUGUCCACGGUGACUUUAGUGCAAACUACAGUUGCUUGAUGCGAUCCUGAAAAGUUCUUUCCGUACAUGGAUUCCCCAUCGGUUGUGGACAUGAUAGAGGCCUCAUCAGGUGCCCACUUUUCCGGAUUUCACAUCGAUGUGUUGCAGGCCAGACAUGCAGUGGAGCAUCCGUCGACCUCUAUGGCUGAGUCUGAAAACAUGCACAUGCAGCCAUUUGUGAUUGGAGUUGCUGGAGGGGCUGCAGCUGGAAAAACUACAGUUUGUGACAUGAUCAUUCAGCAGCUUCAUGAUCAACGUGUUGUUCUUGUUAAUCAGGAUUAUUUCUAUCAUAACCUAAGUGAAGAGGAACUUACGCGAGUCUAUGAGUACAACUUUGACCAUCCAGAUGCUUUUGACACUGAACAAUUGCUAUCUUCUAUGGACAAGUUGAGGCAUGGGCAAGCAGUAGAUAUCCCAAAUUAUGACUUCAAGAGCUACAAGAACAACGUGUUUCCAGCAAGAAGGGUCAAUCCUUCUGACGUUAUAAUUUUGGAAGGUAUACUAGUUUUCAAUGAUCCUCGUGUUUGGGAGUUGAUGAAUAUGAAGAUAUUUGUUGAUACAGAUGCUGAUGUGCGUCUAGCAAGGAGGAUAAGACGGGAUACUGUUGAGAAGGGCAGAGAUAUUGGUGCAGUUCUUGAUCAGUACUCAAAAUUUGUAAAGCCUGCUUUUGAUGAUUUCAUUCUUCCAACAAAGAAGUAUGCUGAUAUUAUUAUACCCAGAGGAGGAGACAACCAUGUAGCUGUUGAUCUGAUUGUACAACAUAUAAGGACGAAGCUUGGUCAGCAUGACUUAUGUAAAAUAUACCCAAAUUUGUAUGUCAUCCAAACAACUUUUCAGAUACGGGGUAUGCAUACUCUAAUACGCGAUUCUCAAACGACAAAGCAUGACUUUGUAUUUUAUGCUGAUAGAUUGAUCCGUUUGGUGGUGGAACAUGGCUUGGGGCAUCUACCAUUUACAGAGAAACAGAUUAUCACUCCAACUGGUGAGCCAAUACCUUCCAGAUCUUUUUUAUUUAAGUUAUUUAUUGUCUUUUUGGUCGAUGGUAGUGGUGAAAGUAUGGAGAACGCUCUCCGAGCGUGUUGUAAAGGGAUUAAAAUAGGGAAGAUUCUCAUCCAUAGGGAAGGUGACAAUGGCCAGCAGCUAAUAUAUGAGAAGUUGCCAAAAGACAUUGCGGAGAGGCAUGUCCUGUUGUUGGAUCCAAUUCUCGGAACAGGCAAUUCCGCCGUUCAAGCUAUUUCUUUGCUUAUACAGAAGGGUGUUCCGGAGCCGAACAUCAUAUUUCUCAAUCUCAUCUCUGCACCUCAGGGGGUGCACAUGGUCUGCAAAACCUUCCCAAGAAUCAAGAUUGUCACGUCUGAGAUUGACAUCGGUUUGAACGAAGAUUUCCUUGUCGUUCCCGGCAUGGGCGAAUUUGGAGACCAAUACUUUGGCACCGAUGAUGAUGACCAACAGGAGGUGGACCCUGCACUAUAGUUCAGCCCGGAGCUUGCUGCUCACGCAGUUCGGUCGGGCGGCCCAUAUUCAUGUUACCCCAUUGCGUGGGAGAUAAGCUUAAUUUCUUGAUAAAUGAUGUAUUUGUAUUUGUUUUUUCACCUGUGAAACAAUUUUGUCUCCAAGGACUUCAUGAUUUCUAUUUAAUCCUUUGAGAGACCUCCCAAUUUUCCUCUCUGUUCCUAUAGAAAGGCUUGCAAGGAGUGAGCGAGGCAGUUGCACAAAAUCAGCUCUGUUACUA